AUGUUCGCGAAAUCGUUCAAACGCGUCUCCCGCCCAAAACCACACGUGGAGGCUCAAUCGUUCAAGCGAAAAAAAAAAAAACGCCCCACCUCCCCCCUCCACCGUGCCGCCCCACCACAGCUCGCUAUGAGGUUCAAGAUCGAUGAACUGGAAGUGCUCUUCCCUUAUCCAAGGAUUUACCCUGGUGAGUGGCGCUACAUGACAGAUCUCAAGAGAACCCUAGACGCCGGUGGCCACUGCGUCCUCGAGAUGCCUUCAGGAACCGGUAAAACUGUCUCCCUGCUCUCACUAAUCGUAGCCUAUCAACAGUCGUUCCCCGAACCCAGGAAGCUAAUUUACUGCUCCCGCACCAUGUCCGAGAUCGAGAAGGCCCUGGCAGAGUUGAAGGCGCUCAUGGCGUACCGGAGUAAGGAGCUUGGAUACGUGGAGGAGUUCCGGGGGAGUCUAACGGCAGGGUUCGUCAAGGAGAAGAAGGCGAGGGGGGAGGAAGUUGAAGUUUGCGUAUUCCAUGAUAAUCUGGACACUCUCGAACCGCACAACUUGAUUACGCCUGGGGUUUAUACGCUUGAUGGGAUGUUGAAGUAUGGGGAGAAGCAUACGCAGUGUCCCUACUUUACCGCCCGAAGAAUGAUGCCGUUUUGCAAUGUCAUAAUCUACUCAUACCAUUAUCUGUUGGAUCCCAAGAUCGCUGAGAGGGUUUCCAAGGAGCUUUCUAAGGAUUGUAUAGUUGUCUUUGACGAGGCGCAUAAUAUUGAUAACGUAUGCAUCGAGUCUCUUAGCAUUGACUUGACAGAUGACUCGCUCCGUCGAGCAGCUAGAGGUGCGCAGAAUCUUGAGAAAAAGAUCAACGAGAUGAAGGCAUCAGACGCGGAGAAACUGCAAAACGAGUAUAAGAAACUUGUCGAAGGCUUGCGGGACGUUGAUGAGGGAACUGAAGAAGAUUCUUUUAUGGCUAAUCCAGUAUUGCCUAAGGAUCUGUUAAAGGAGGCGAUACCCGGGAAUAUCAGGAGAGCUGAGCAUUUCCUGGCGUUUUUGAAACGGUUUGUUGAGUACCUGAAGACAAGAAUGAAAGUGUUACAUGUCAUUUCGGAAACGCCCGCUUCAUUUCUUCAGCACUUGAAGGACUUGACUUUUAUUGAGAAGAAGCCGUUGAGGUUCUGCGCCGAACGUUUAACCUCACUUGUCCGAACCUUAGAGUUAGCAAACAUUGAGGACUACAAGUCGCUGCAAGAAGUCGCUAUGUUUGCAACUUUGGUUGCGACAUAUGAGAAGGGAUUUUUGCUAAUUCUUGAGCCUUUUGAGUCUGAGACAGCUACUGUGCCGAACCCUAUUCUCCACUUUACCUGUUUAGAUGCUUCUAUUGCCAUCAGGCCGGUUUUCGAGAGGUUCUCUUCAGUUGUCAUCACUUCAGGAACUAUCUCUCCGCUAGAGAUGUAUCCCAAGAUGUUACAGUUCAACACAGUUGUGCAAGAGUCGUAUUCCAUGACACUUGCGCGAAGAAGUUUCUUGCCAAUGAUUGUAACUAGGGGCAGUGACCAAGUGGCUGUUAGUACACGCUUCGAGAUCAGAAAUGACCCUAGUGUCGUCCGAAAUUACGGGAGUCUUUUGGUCGAGUUCUCCAAGAUUACGCCUGAUGGGAUGGUUGUGUUCUUUCCUAGUUACCUAUACAUGGAGAGCAUUAUCAGUAUGUGGCAAGGAAUGGGAAUCCUAGACGAAGUCUGGAAAUAUAAGUUGAUCCUGGUAGAAACACCCGAUAGUCAAGAAACCAGUCUAGCACUAGAAACCUACCGAACCGCUUGCUGUAACGGCAGAGGCGCGAUUUCGACCACCAUUUCGGUCGAACUGUGCUUUGAGUCCCCUUCCAAUACACCCAAGAAUGACUUCCUUUCUUUCGACGCCAUGCGCCAUGCAGCGCAAUGUCUCGGUCGUGUCCUCCGUGGAAAGGAUGAUUACGGAAUAAUGGUACUCGCUGACCGCCGGUUCGGGAAGAAGCGGAGUCAAUUGCCCAAGUGGAUCAACCAAGCCCUGUUAGAGUCGGACGUCAACUUGUCGACGGAUAUGGCGGUUGCCAUCGCAAAGAAGUUUCUAAGGACCAUGGCGCAGCCGUUCGCUCCGAAAGAUCAGGAGGGUAUAUCAACAUGGAGUUUGGCGGAUUUGGAGGAGCACCAGGGAAAGGGGAGCGAGUUGCAGGAUGUCGGGGAGGAGGAGGGAGAGGAGGAUGUAGUUAUGGCGAAUGCGGUGGCCUGA